CGCCGCCCGCGACCACAGCCUUCGCCGUUGCCGCCCGCAGGGCGCUCCAGGCCUCACCAUGGUGAAGGUGACGUUCAACUCGGCGCUGGCCCAGAAGGAGGCCAAGAAGGACGAACCCAAGAGCAGCGAGGAGGCGCUCAUCAUCCCCCCGGAUGCCGUGGCAGUGGAUUGCAAGGACCCAGACGAUGCAGUCCCGGUUGGACAGAGAAGGGCCUGGUGUUGGUGCAUGUGCUUUGGACUGGCCUUCAUGCUUGCCGGUGUCAUCCUCGGAGGAGCAUACCUGUACAAGUAUUUUGCCCUUCAGCCAGAUGACGUGUACUACUGUGGGCUAAAGUACAUCAAGGAUGACGUCAUCUUGAACGAGCCUUCUGCAGAUGCCCCAGCUGCUCGCUACCAGACGAUUGAAGAGAACAUUAAGAUCUUUGAGGAAGAUGAGGUUGAAUUCAUCAGCGUGCCUGUACCAGAGUUUGCAGACAGCGAUCCUGCCAACAUUGUGCAUGACUUUAACAAGAAACUCACUGCCUAUUUGGACCUUAACCUGGACAAGUGCUACGUGAUUCCUCUGAACACGUCCAUCGUUAUGCCACCCAAAAACCUGUUGGAGCUACUCAUUAACAUCAAGGCUGGAACCUACUUGCCCCAGUCCUACCUUAUUCACGAGCACAUGGUGAUCACCGACCGCAUCGAAAACGUGGACCACCUGGGCUUCUUCAUUUAUCGGCUGUGCCACGACAAGGAAACCUACAAGCUGCAGCGCCGAGAAACGAUCAGAGCAGGUAUUCAGAAGCGUGAAGCCAGUGACUGUUUCACCAUUCGGCAUUUUGAGAACAAAUUUGCUGUGGAAACUUUAAUUUGUUCUUGAGCAGUCAAGAAAAAUGUGGGGAGAAAUUCAAUGCCACCGCAUAACCCCCCGUUUGUAUUUUGUGCAGUGAUUGUUUUUUAAAAUCUUCUUUUCAUGUAAGUAGCAAACAGGGCUUCGCUGUCUUUUCAUCUCAGUAAUUCAAUUAAAAACCAUUAUCUUAAAAAA